AUGGACGCCUCGACCAUGACGAAAGGCGAGUCUAGGCACACGGCCAUCGCCCAACUGGCCCCCCAACUGCCAGACCAACCCAGUCGCUCAGUACGGGGCGAAGUCACAAUCACUUGGCCGUACAGCAUUGCAACCCGCACAAGUGCCUUCAGACUCGUCGAGCCCGACUUCCGACUCCGCAACAACAAGGGCCAAAUUCGUAUCGAGUUCGUCGGUCCAGCUGGCCGCGCCGUGUCGGAAGCGGCCAUAGCAAGCGGCGAUCAGGUUGAGCUCAGCCUCGAGGGCGUGGAAUGGCUAAAGGCUACGCCGCCCGUUCGGCCGAAUGCUAGCGAGCAUGAGCUCAGGUUCAAGAAUAGGCUGCGUGCCAAAGUGCAGAGGGCCGAAGGCGGAGAUGAGAUUGUACUGGACAUAAACGCUGAAGAGGAAGAAGAGGAAGCACUCGUACAGCCGCCCGUGGAGGUCACGCCGAUGGACGAUCCUGCUUCACCGGUCAUGGAGCCACCGAGCUAUGCAUCUCUCACCACGCCGACUCCCACCGCGAAACGAUCCGCAACCCAAGCCUUUCUGGAGGAAGAGUUUGCAUCGCCAGCCUUCUUGAAGAGGGCAAGAGUAUCCUACGGGUCCUUGUGGGAAGGCGAUUUGGAGAGUUUGGAUGACGAGAAGCCAAGGAAGAAAAAGAAAAGUCGCUUCAGCAUGCACGCAAACUGGCGGUACACAAGCCGAUCGCCUAGCCCAGAGCCGGAGCGCCAUGACUUGGAGGAAGAUGGCAUGGUUGAGGACGUGCACGAGGACGACGGCGAGGAUGAGAUCCCAGUGACCUUUAUGAAGCUCCCGAAAGCGAAGACGAUGGUCGACGACGGUGUUCAACUUAGUCAGCCAGCAGACUCGCCCGCAGCUGCUUCGAGUCCUCCGGCCCAACAUGACCAAAGUGCGCCGACUGCGGAUAUGACUGUUCCUCGCGCCCCAUCACCGCCUGGUCCGGGGGUUUGGGGCUUGGACGGCAGUUCGCAGCCAGCUGGAAGUGCGACGACAUCACUCGUGUCACACUCCGAGGGCAUCACGGAGGGCGCUGGUUCAUUCAGAGAACAGCAUCCAUUUAAUACGCCCCAUGAGCCUCUGACAAACACAGCUGGCCAGCCGCCGCUGAGUAUGGCCCAUGAGGAUGCUGCGAGCACCUUGUUUGGAUUCUCGACAGCCCGCGAGCCCCAACCAGCCCCCAGUGCACCCAGCGGACAAGCCAAUAAUGUCUUUGCUUCGACCGAACUCUUUGGCACGGGCAAUGUCUAUCCCGAGCCAGACGACAACAAUCUUCGCGAGCAUACCAGCUACCCAGAUCCCGAUGACCGUGCACCUGCCGAGGAUUUUGACUUUGGCAUGCAGCACGACGUUGCUCCCUUUGCACCAUCGCAGCUCGAGCAAGCCCCUUGGUCGACAUUGACGUCCAUGCCACCUCAGAUGCCGCCGCCGACCAACACGAUGGAAAAUCCAGUCGUUCUCGACAGCUCCUCGCCACCACGCGAGCCAAGUGCUGACUUGCCGGGCGACAACAUCAACUACCAGCAGCCCAAGGCAGACGUGCAACGAGAAGAGGACGAGGACAGUGCGUGGUUGCCCCGUCGGUUCACUUCCGCAAGGGGCGCUACCACGCAAGGGACAGAUGUCGGGAGCACAGAGGUGUCGGCACCUACGAGCCAAGUGGUCGAAGGCUCGGCGGAGAGUUCAGAUGGAGGCUCAGUGGCAGGCGAAGACUACGAUCUACGCAACUACGACACGGCCCAGGAUGACGAUGUCAUUGAGACUGACGGGGAAGAGGGUCCUCCCUUUGACCAGAGUGACCCAGACGAGCAGGCUGUCGACUUUGAGGAGGACAGAGACGAAGAUUCGGCUGCUGAAGACGACGAACAAGCAGAACGGGACGUCGCUGGUAGUCGGUCUUAUCAGGGCGCUGAGGUCCUCAAGGGCGAGUUCGAGCAGGACGCUGGCGACUUUGAAGGCGGCGAAUACGAGAGUGGCAAUGAUUAUGAAGAUGAGGAAGACGACGAGGCCAUUGGAUACGGGUAUGAUGAGUCUGAGGAGGUCGACGAGGAUGACGAAGAGGAAGAGGAAGAGGAAGAGGAAGAGGAAGAGGAAGAGGAGGAGGAGGAGCCACCUGCGCCCUCAGCCCCGGUGUUUGUAUCACUACUAUCCGAUUCAGAGGAUGAUGAGCCGCCGCCACCCAAAACUGCGCCCACUCGAAUCGAACAAGCGCAGCCAUCGUUGGCAGCCGUUGAGCUCCAACUCCACAGGCCCUCAAAUGUUCGCGUCGAGGCCGAGGGAAGCGAGCAACAGAAGGCACUCACAGAGAAAGACGACUUCACAGCUCCUGCUAUCUCUCACCAGACGGCAGAAAGUGGAGAUGAUGAAAGACAUGACAUGCCCGCUCAAGUUCCUGAAGAAAUAGUCGUCAAGGCCUCUCGAGAACACGCCGAAGAGGCGGACGACGAGACCUCGGAUCCUGAUACGCCAACGGAUUCUGAUGUCGAGUAUGACUACACUGACAAUCAUGUGGAUGAGCGACCUGAUGCCACCAUGGAGACGGAGGCACAGAAAGAUGCCGGGCAAGAAGAAGAGACGCCAAUUCCGACCCGUAAUGAAGAUAUGGGCACCGAGCUAAGUGCUGACGUCCGGGUGCAUUUCCAGCAGCAGCAGCAUGAUGCACCAUCGUCUCCUGUGGUCUUUGAAGCAGAUCGAAUGUCUAUCGACAAAGUGCAGCCCUCAGACAAUCAGCCUACCGGGGAGCAGCAAGAACCUUCUGACAAGGAGGUACAGGAUGAAGACCGGCCGACUCCUACGAUCUCGUCCGCCGUCAUAGACCAUGCACCUGUCUCGGUCGGUCAAGAGGCUCCUAGCCCCGUGCAAGCUGAUCAGCCGGAGUUCAUCGACGAUUCCAUGAGCCUCGUUGACUCGGGCCGGCUUCGUCACAAUGCAGCGCAGCUAGUAGAACAGAGCCUGGCGACCCAGCUCGGCGUGGAAGGCCAGUUGGGCAACGCGAACACCGUCAUUGAGGUCAUGGAGUCAUCCGUCGUCAUACCAUCACAGCCUUCACAUGAGGAGCAGAAUGCGCUGGGUUUGGAGGGGUCUGCAACGAAGAAGUCAGAUAUGGGCGACGUGGCAGACAGUGCUGAAAACGUUGAGAAGAACAGUGAGGCAGAGGCCGAGGCCCAGCAACACAUGACUUCAGACGCCCAAGCGGAGGUGGUAGUAGAAACACCCAAGCCGCAAGGGAUUGCAACUUCUACCGCCGAAGCUCAACAACCCACGCACGCAGACGCCGAGCCGCUUGAGCGCGACGCCCCGUUAGCCAAACCCGCAGGCGAUCAGCGAAACCAACAGCUACCGACGCCUCGUGAAACACAACUUAGUGAUGAAAACGUCGUGCACAACGACGACCGGGGCUUGGAAGAGCCCAGGCACGAUGAGGAAGACGAAGAAGAAGAGUACUCUAUGCUCGCAGAGCAGCAGAUAAUGUCCGAGUACGAAUCUACGCAGAACCUCGAAACUACCAAAGACAAUGCCGCCGAUGCCACCACAGAUGAGGCCCCAGUGCCAUCCACCGAGGAAAAAGCCAUUGACAGCAUCGAAGCGGAAGCGGCUGACGAAGCCAUGCGUGAGGUCAUUGGGGACGAUCCGACGGAAGAAGAAGUCUUUGAGUACGUGGAACAACGGGCCAAGAGCGAGGCCCUGGAGGAGGUGACAGCAGACGAGCGGACCACCCAAGCUGCAUCGCACGAUGGCUCGGCAGACCAGAGCUUCAACGACCUUUCCGACUCUCAAGCUCAUAGAAUGACAAGGUCAAAGGUCAAAGUCGGAACUAGCUCACGGCGGGAAUCGGGUCUGUUCCAUUCACUGCGCAACCGGGACCACCGUAAGAGCACACCCUUGGUCGCAGGAGAAGACGGAGACCGACCAGCUCUGACAGCCACGGCCCUCUCCCACCUACGCAACGCGCAAGAUGAGGCCACAUCUCCGCCGACAAUCCACGUCACGAGGAGUAUGGGCCAAGACGCGAACUCGAGCUCCGAGGCCGAGCCGCUCCCAACCCUCCAUGUUACGGGCGCGGAAGUUGAGGAUUACGACCCUAGCCUGCGCCUGGCGAUGGCAUCUGAGACGCCAACACCAGAGGCUAGAAGGCAUGCCGCACCUGAGCGGGGGGCGGAAGCAUCUCCCAAGGCAAGACGCAACCGCCGAAGCCGGACGCCCGAACCAAAGUUGGAGACGCGACAGGCGGCUUCCAGCAGUUCGCCUACAGCAGCGCGUCCUACCAGCCACAACCUCCGGAGUCACUCGCCGGCCACGGCAGAGGGUGGGAAGGAGAAGGAGACCAUGACCAGCCUCAAGCAGAAGCUCGGCAAGCAGCUUCGCGAAACUCUGCCUGAUUAUCUCAACCUCAGCAAUUUGCGCAGUCACCUGAACCGGGUGGCCGACUACUUGGCCGUUGUCACCGCGACGCCCGCGCCUUCGGAACGUGUUAAGAACGGACCAAAGGACUUUAUGCUUGAGCUCAUUCUGACAGACCCCUCCUCGGCAUCUUCUACGACAGGUUCAGCCGUGGUGGUCGCCAAUGUCUUCCGUCCGCAUAAGAAGGCCCUGCCCACCGUGCAUGCCGGGGAUAUCAUUCUGCUCCGGCGGUUCCAAGUGCAGGCUAUGGCGGGCCGCGGAUACGGUUUGCGAUCUGUGGAUGCUUCUGCAUGGGCCGUUUUCGAGAAGAGUGACCACGAUGGACUGCCGCAGAUCAGAGGGCCACCAGUGGAGAUUAACGAUCCAGAGUUCAAGUAUGUCGAGGGGCUACGGAGGUGGUGGACCAUGGUCGAGAAGGACGAGAAGAUGCUGGGCAAGGUGAAAAAGGCGGCCGCGGACAAGGCCAAGAAAAGCAAAGGGAGAUGA